ACACAGUUUUCUUCAAGUUUCAUUAAAGAAUCUAUGCUUAUAUAUCUAUAUAUAUACAUACAUAUAAUUCAGGCAUAUUGGAAUCUUAUUGUAAUAAUUCAGGUAUAAUUUCAAGUUUCCAGAAGAAGAAUUGAGGAAGAACAUGGAGAUGGCUGAUCAUUACUAUCUUCAACAAAGUCACCACCACCAGCAGAGUUGCGGUCUAAUGAUGUACAGGUCGGCACCGAUCUCGUUGCUCGAGAGCCAUGCCGGUGGUGUUAUCGGAAGUGGUACCGGAUUCGAUGUAUUCGGGGGGUUUCGAUCUUCUUUGGUUCCUGAAACGGAAACAUUCUUCAUGUUGUCUGAUAAUGGUUCAUCCGAUUUGCAAGAAUAUGAAGAGAAAUCUGUGAAGCAAGAGUAUCAGAUUCAGAGCCUACCAAUACAGAGUGUUGCUGAUGUUAGUGUUGGUAGCGAUGUCGGGUUGUCGAAUUUGAUGGAAGCGGGAGAUGGAAAUGGCUCGGAUCUCAUUCGGAGAUGUAGCUCUCCGGCUCGGUUUUUCUCCAACCAAUGCCUAGAUAAUGGGUUGAGGGCUUGAAACGGUACCAAUGAUGACAAUCAUAUAAGCUUCUCCUCUCUGCCAUCUUCAUAUUCAAAGCCGAUGCCUCGAAUAGCUCGAGUCGAGCACCGAAGCUUAGGCAAUAGUAAUGGUGGCAAUCGGAGCAACGGGCAGCUUAUGCCCGACUUGAUGACUGAUUCAAGGAACAAUGCUUCACUCAGUGGCUUGAAAAGAGCUAGAGAAUGUGAUGGCGGUGACUUUUCUUGUGGUCCAAGCAAAUUACAAACUCAGAACCUGGACGCCAGAGACUGCUCUGCUGGUUUAACUCACCAGUUGAGUUUGCCUAUGACUUAUGAGGAGAUGGAUGUAGUAGAGAGGUUCUGGCAGUUUCAAGGAUCGGUCCCCUGUAAGAUUCGAGCGAAAAGAGGUUGCGCUACUCACCCGCGCAGCAUCGCCGAGAGGGUGAGAAGGACACGGAUUAGCGAAAGAAUGAUGAAGCUUCAAGGCCUGUUCCCGAACAUCGACAAGCAAACGAGUACUGCAGAUAUGUUAGACAUGGCAGUGGAGUACAUCAAAGAUCUUCAAAGGCAGGUCAAGACAUUUAGGGAUAACAAAGCAAAGUGCAGCUGUUGAAG